CGUCAUGCAGGAGAACUACGAGACAGUGACCUCGCUGGGAUUCCCCCAUCCCAAACCUGAGCUGAUUGUCCAGCUGGAACGAGGGGAAGAGCCGUGGGUGCCGGAUCUCCAGACCUGCAAGGAAAGAAGGCUUCCGAGAUGCCCCUAUACAGCAGGUGCUGAGCGAGGGAGUGAGAAUGAGGAGGGGAAUCAUCAUGAGGAAAUUCCCGAGGAAGUGGAACUGCAGGGGACCUUUGUGGGAAGAGCCGAAGGCAAUUUUCCCCAGUGCUUGGAGCAGGCAGAAGCCUGGGGAAAUUGGCACAGGUCAGAGAGGCUUCUGGGAAACCACCCAGGGAAGAAAGUGGAUGAAUCUAUUAACAAUGGGGGAGGAGAGGAGGAUCCCAAGGAAGACACACCCUGGCACUACCUUCAGUGUGGGAAAGGAUUCAUUGUGAGAUCACAGCUUGUGACACAUCAGACAAUCCUUACUGGAGAGAAACCUCUUCAAUGCUUGGACCCUGGGGAAAGCUUCAAUAAGCUCUCAGAUCGUAAUAACCACGGGAGAAGCCACAGUGGAGAAAAACCCUCUCAAUCCCUCGAGUGCGGGAAAUGUUUCAUUUCGAAGACACAAAUAAUUAGACAUCAGUUAAGCCACACAGGGGAUAGACCCCACAAAUGCUUGGAAUGUGGGAAAAGUUUCAUAAGAAAGUCAAACCUUUGUGAACAUCAGGCAAUCCACACAGGAGAGAGACCCUACAAAUGCUUGGAGUGUGGGAAAAGUUUCAUACGAAGGUCAGACCUUGUUUAUCAUCAAGCAAUCCACACAGGAGAGAGACCCCACAAGUGCUUAGAAUGUGGGAAAAGUUUCAUACAGAGGUCACACCUAGUUUGUCAUCACGCAUUACACACAGGAGAGAGACCCCACAAGUGCUUGGACUGUGGGAAAAGUUUCAUACAGAGGUCACAGCUAGUUCAUCAUCAGGCAUUACACACAGGAGAGAGACCCCAUAAGUGCUUGGAGUGUGGGAAAAGUUUCAUACGAAGGUCAGACCUUGUUUAUCAUCAAGCAAUCCACACAGGAGAGAGACCCCACAAGUGCUUAGAAUGUGGGAAAGGAUACAUACAAAGGUCAGACCUUGUUAAACAUCAGGCAUUACACACAGGGGAGAGACCCCACAAGUGCUUAGAAUGUGGGAAAAGUUUCAUACAGAGGUCACACCUAGUUUGUCAUCAGGCAGUACACACAGGAGAGAGACCCCACAAGUGCUUGGACUGUGGGAAAAGUUUCAUACAGAGGUCACAGCUAGUUCAUCAUCAGGCAUUACACACAGGAGAGAGACCCCAUAAGUGCUUGGACUGUGGGAAAAGUUUCAUAAGAAAGUCAAGCCUUGUUGAACAUCAGGCAAUCCACACAGAAGAGAAACCCCACAAGUGCUUGGACUGUGGGAAAAAUUUCACACAGAGGUCACACCUAGUUCGUCAUCAGGCAUUACACACAGGAGAGAGACCUCACAAGUGCUUGGACUGUGGGAAAAGUUUCAUAAGAAAGUCAAGCCUUGUUGAACAUCAGGCAGUCCACACAGGAGAGAAACCCCACAAGUGCUUGGACUGUGGGAAAAAUUUCAUAAGGAGGUCACACCUAGUUCGUCAUGAGGCAUUACACACAGGAGAGAGACCUCACAAGUGCUUGGACUGUGGGAAAAGUUUCAUAAGAAAGUCAAACCUUGUUGAACAUCAGGCAAUCCACACAGGAGAGAGACCUCACAAGUGCUUGGACUGUGGGAAAAGUUUCAUAAGAAAGUCAAACCUUGUUGAACAUCAGGAAAUCCACACAGGAGAGAGACCCCACAAGUGCUUGGACUGUGGGAAAGGUUACAUACAAAGUUCAGACCUUGUUAAACAUCAGGCAAUCCACACAGGAGAGAAACCCCACAAGUGCUUGGACUGUGGGAAAUGUUUCACAAAGAGAUCAAGCCUUGUUAAACAUCAGGCAAUCCACACUGGAGAGAGACCCCACAAGUGCUUGGACUGUGGGAAAGGUUACAUAAAAAGGUCAGACCUUGUUAAACAUCAGUCAAUCCACACAGGAAAGAGACCCCACAAGUGCUUGGAGUGUGGGAAAAGUUUCAUCAGCAGGUCACACCUUGUUGAACAUCAGAGAAUCCACACAGGAGAGAGACCCCACAAGUGCUUGGACUGUGGGAAAUGUUUCUCAGUGAGAUCUAACCUUGUUAAACAUCAGUCAAUCCACACAGGAGAGAGACCCCACAAGUGCAUGGACUGUGGGAAAAGUUUCAUAAGAAGGUCACAGCUUAUUCAACAUCAGGCAGUCCACACAGGAGAGACUCCAGAGGUGCUUGGACUGCGGGAAAAGUUUCAUAUGGAAGUCUGACCUCAUUAAACAUGGAAGAAUCCACACAGGAUCUAAACUGCUGUGACACAUGGCAAGAAAGGAUUAAGCAAGUUGCAUGUAAUGGAUUCAAUGGGGAUAGGGGCUGAAAGAUGGAGAGAAUGUUUAUAGCUGAAAUCACCAAAAUGUGUUUUGCAAGGUUAGUGUUAACUGGAUCUGUUCCGCUCUCCUGCUUGGACAUUUUCUGUGGGGAUCCCGGAGAUGGAAAGGAGCAGCUGUUACCAUCUUGGCUACCAAUCCCCACGGUGCAUCUCUACAUUACCAAUUUUCAAACUGUGGCCAGAGCCUCCCAAUGGAGGGACAGGAAUGUGUCAAGGGAGGGGCGUGAUCAGUGUGGGUUGUUUGUUUUUUAAAGAGCACUGGCUGUCGGCCCCAGGUGGUUGGGGCUCAUGAAGAAGGAACAGGCCCAUCUGGGAGGUGGGGAUAAAUGCUCAGGCUCUCAAACCCAGGUGGAGCAGCAGCACAGAAGUAGGUGUCAAUGGGGUGAUAAGUCUGCUGUGAACAGUGAUAUUGAGGAAUAUCACUUUUGACGUGGCCACCCUGAAUUCUGUGCUGCUAUUGGAGAGCUUUAGAGCUGGGCCCAUCGCCAGCACCAUGUUUACAAAAUGAUAAAUCUUCUCCAAAGUAUGUUCUGUGAGGUAUCAUAGGGAAAGUCAUCACCUGCUGAAUAUUAUUGUCCAAUUAAAAUGUGUCUAUCAGCACUGUCCACAGGGGUGGCUCCAGACCCCAGCACACCAAGCAUGCCGCAGGGGGCACUCUGUGGUCACCAGGAGGGCGGCAGGUAGCUCCGGUGGAUGUCUUGCAGACGUACCUGCGGAGGGU